AUGGCAAGAGGAAAGUUCAACAAGCGAGGAGGCGGCAAGCGUGUCGAUGCUCAAUCGGCCCAAGAAAUCGAGCAACGCAAUCAACGAUUGGAAGAGUUUGAAGAAGCUCGAGCCAAACGUCGAGCCGAAGCGGAGGAAGAGGACGCCGAGGAAGAAGGAGGAGACGACGCCACCGAAGAGGCUGGAAACACCUCCAAACCAAAGAGUGGUGGCGGUGGUGGCCCGCCCAAGGCUCCAGUCCAAGAGACAUCGGCAGCCGACCACAAGCGUAACUUGGCAAAGCUAGAGGCAGUCCGAAAGCGUCGUGCGGUAGCAGAACAAAAGAGACUGGAACAAGAGGCAAUGGAGAAGCAAAUAGAAGAAGAACGUAUGCAAAAGGCUCAAGCAUUUGCCGACGAGAAUGAUAGUGAUGACGAAGAAGAGGAUGCCAAGAAGAAGAAGAAAAAGAACAAGAAGGCUGAUAUCCCCAAGUUGAGCAAGAUUGAAAUCAAAAAGAUGAAACCAGCUGUAAUGAAGGAAGCCUUGAAAUUGAGAGGAUUGGAAAUUCAAGGAAAUGCAAAGGAGCAAGCCGCUCAUGCGUGGGAAGACAUUGGUGGCAAAAAUACCUGGGAAACCGCCGUCCAAGAAGAUGCCGAGGGCCGUAUCAUUGUAUCAGGAGGAGCUUCUAGAGCCGAUAUGAUUCGCCGUCGUAGAAAACGUCAAGAACAGAAUGAUUAUGCCCAACGCAAUCGACGAGUGGUCCGAGAUAUGAUUCGAUACAUUUAUGUCUUGAUUGAUGCCAGUCGAUGGACCCGAGACAAAGAUCCCGUAUUGCCGGGCGGAACGAGAAUUGAGGUGGUCUUGCAACUCUUGCAGGAAUUCAUUUCGGAAUAUUACGAUCAGAAUCCACUAUCGCAUCUGGGUUUUGUCCUUCUUAAGGAUGGAGAAGCCGAAAUAUUGACACAAUUGUCGUCCAGUUCCAAAACCAACAAACUGGCCCUGCAAAGUGUGGCGGAAAUCACCGCCAGAGAAGGUCCAAAAGGAGGAGGCGAAAUGUCGCUGCAGAAUGGAUUGGAAGUAGCUGGUCGAUCCUUGGGCCAUCAACCCCGACACGGAUCCCGAGAAAUUUUGAUCUUGUGUGGGGCCCUCGCUUCCACGGACCCGGGACACUUGUUGACGGAAACAUUGCCGAGGUUAAAAGCGGCAAAUAUUCGAGUCUCGGCACUAGCUCUUGCUGCGGAAAUGCACGUGUGCCGCAAAGUGGCCGAAGAAACGGGAGGAUCCUUGGGCGUUUGUUUGGACAAGGAUCAUUUGCGUGAUUGGCUCUUUGGACAGUGCGUUCCGCCUCCCUCACUCAAAAAGAAGCAUCAGCAGUUUGCCUGUGAAAUGAUUCAAAUGGGAUUUCCUGCGAGAUCGACAUUGGACAUUCCAACCUUGGUCCAUGCGACCCAAGAUAUCAAACUAUUAGCGAGGACGGCCUAUACUUGCCCUCGCUGUUAUGCAAAGGUUUCGGAACUUCCCAUGGAUUGUGUGGUGUGUGGAUUGAAACUGGUGCUGGCGCCACAUUUGGCUCGAACAUUUCACCAUUUGUUCCCCGUCAAGCCCUUUCAGGAAGUGCUGCCCGACGAGAAUACCGAGGUAAUGAUAGGGGAUAGAGUCGUUUCUUCCAAUGCAUCAAUUGAAAAGUGGGAUCAGACCAAACCAAAGGUAACCACCCAAUUGGAUUCCAGCCUUCGACUGUCAAAGGAUGGAGAUAAAACUACAUGCUUUUCGUGUUUACGAUUGGUGGGAGUACCGAGACCGACGAACAAUCCAGACAAGGUAGGGGAGCCAGUGCUGAGAUAUGAAUGCCCUGACUGCACGAAUAUGUUUUGCGAGGACUGUUCGGCAUUCCUUCAUGAAACACUACACAACUGUCCCGGAUGUUUACUUGGUUGA